CACAGGUCGCUUGGUGUGCUGCAUGGCCAAUUAGGAUCGUCUCGCGUUUUCAUUCUUCUGUUGACCGUCGCAACGGAAGCACGUGUUCUCUGACUUGUGCGUGUACUGUUUGGGGUUUUCGAUACGUACGAUAACUAAAAUUGAAAAGGUGGGUCAAUGUGAUUAUUUUAGUGACUUAUUUCUCAAAGCUUAAUCACGUCAGUUGAAUUAAGUCUAUUGAAAUCAAUUUUAAAUUCAAGUGAACAAGUGCGGGUGGAGUAACAGCAAAAAAAAAAUCUUCAUUUAUAUUCAGCUCGCUAGAGCUUUGUACGUGAUGGUACUGCAAAUUGAAAGAAAUUUCCGUCCACGACAGUACAUAGGUGUGCAAUACCGAAAAUAUAUCCAGUGAACAAGUGUACAUGGUGAUCCUACAUAUAUACAGUUCUAUGGCUACCCAUGCCGUAAACUUGGUUCGUGCAGGGGCGUGAUUUAAUUUCAUCGACCAUUCUUCGGCAUUGUCUGGAAAUAACAUUUCGAAAGCUCCUCUCCUAUCGAGUGACCCGACAACAAAGGCGUUGAGAAAAAAAAAUCACACUUCAAAGGCUCAGCCGACUUGGGAUUAUUUCAACGGUCUGGUCAAAGGUCGGCACUGAAUCGCGGGAAAGCCUCAACAACACCCAGUUCGUAACCUGUGAUCAACAAUUUGCAGAGUCGGUUCGUGCGUGUCGGAAAAACUGGCAAGCAAUCAAGGAAAUUGAAUCGACAUCAACUUGGGAUUAAAUCUGUUGGACACUUCAAACACCGACUGCAUCCAGCGAAGAUGAAUACGCUGUACCUCGUUUACGUGCCAUACUCGACAGCGUCGUCCAGUUCAGUUGAGUACGCACCUGCUGCUUCUGCUGGCUCGUUCGGUCAGUUCAGUACGCUCGAUUAUGCGGCCACCGUGGAAAUUGUUAGCGACAUUCUCCGGGCGGAGGGCCAGGGAGAGGCUGACCGGAGAAAGGAAAGCGAGCCCUCGUCCGGUGAUGGCCGGCUGCUGACACAUUCGGAGCAACAUUCUGCCAUGCUGGGGGAGGAAAAUAAAGUGAUGAAAAUUGCUCCCGGCAGAAAUGGUCACGCGGAUAUGCUGCUGUCGCAAAGCUGGAUUGCUCGGGAAGAGAUUCCAUCAACAUGCCCACAAUCUCCUGCAAGCGACGAAGGUCGAUCAGAAAGUUACGAGUCCUGCCAGUUCCACUACGACUCGCUAGAAUCAUUCUACCCUCAACUGGAUCGCGUAUCCAAAGUCAAUCCGGAUACCAUAAUCGAAGAUUCGUUGUCCUCCUCCGUUUCCUCCUCGGCAUCUUCUAGCAUCGAUGAAGGAAUAGGUCUCAGUGAUUAUUCCGUGGACGAACAGGAUACAAAUAACAACACCAACAGCGUCAACUGCAAAGGCGUCCAAAAUUGUCGGUCGGGGGACAUUAAUUCUGCUCUUAUCAAGAGUAAGAAAAAGCGGAAACCCGCCAGCAAUAAAUCAUAUCAAUGCGAAAUGUGCGAGGAAAGAUUCGAGAAGAAAAAAUUGCUCCGAGAACAUCUUGGCAAACGACAUCCGGGUCAGAACGCGAACCGAUGUGACAUCUGCGGCAAAACGUUCAAACUCCGUUCCAAUCUUAGGCAACACUCGAGGAUCCACACGGGCGAGCGGCCUUUCCGGUGCGACAUCUGCGGCAAGACUUUUGUCCAAGGGAGUGCGCUAACGGUCCACAAAGAACUACACAAGGAUCAAAAGGAAUACCAGUGUGAAGUUUGCAACAAAGAUUUCAAGUCCAAGUUUGCCUUCAAAAAGCAUGAGAAAGUGCACGAAGGGCUUCGUCCCUUUAUCUGUGAUGUAUGUGGGAAAUCGUUUACACAAUCCUGCAAUUUGAAAGCCCACCUCCAACUUCAUAGUGGGAACCAUGCCUUCAAAUGUGGCACGUGCUUCAAAACUUUCCGAUUCAAAUCGCACUACGAGGACCAUCUAAUGACUCACACCAAAGACAAAAAGUUCUCCUGCGAUAAAUGUGGCCGGACGUUUGCUUACAAGAACUCAUACCAAAGGCACAUGCUGCACAUCCACCGGGAGCAGGAAGAGCCGGAACAUCGCUGCACCGUUUGUGGCAAAACUUUCCUAAAACUAAGCCAUCUAACAUUCCACAAAAAGUCCCAACACAGUCCCAAUCCGUUAAUGUGCAAUAUUUGUGGCUUGGAGUUUGAGAAAGAAAGCACCUUUUUGAAACACCAGGAAACUGUGCACGGAUCCGAUUUGGGCCCUUUCAAGUGUGUCAUCUGUAGCGAAUCCUUCGAGGAAGAACGCGACCUGACGACACACUUUGAACUACACGAAGCCGACGAUUGUCCCUUCCAGUGUGGGAUGUGUGGAAUCCUAAACCUGAGUCAGGCCUAAUUAGGCAAAGCAAGCAGCAGGGAAAUAACCCUUUCCACUCUUCCCUCAAUAAAAGUCUCCACGAACCAAAACGAAACGUGUAGGAAUAUUCGGGCGAAUGUAUUCUUUAUGCAUUCCCAGAUAAGAAAACCUCGCACGUAGGAACGCAAAGAGACAAAACAGUGUUGUGAUAUGUGUAAAAUAUAAAUUAGAUCAAAAAGGCAAAACCUUUCUCUCCUGGAGAAGAAACAUCGUUAAGAUUAGGAUAAGAUUAUUUUUAAUUAUGCUUUCCCAAAAGAGGAUCCCUAGAUACACCCAAAAAAGUAUCCUCAAAACAGCUCUCGGGGCAAUAAUAAUUUCAUAAAUUAAAACUGCAAUAAAGAGAUCCAUAUUAGUCAUGUCUAUG